AUGAUGUACAGCCUGGCACUGCUUGCGCUCGUGCAUCUGCCAACCGCGCUCGCGCUUCGGCCCACCGCAGCGCGGCGUGCCGUCCUGCCGGCGAUCGUGUGCCUGCCGCACCAGGCGGCGUCCGCUGCCAGCGCCACGUUCGACUUUGGCUAUCGCUUUGAGCGGGCUCUAGAUCCGGAGAAGCGAGGCCCAGCGACUGACGAGGGUCUGCCGAUGGAGGAGGAGAGGGAGGACGGCAUAAGCCUGCUCGACGCGAUGUGCAAUCCGGCGCCGCCCGGUCAGGAGUCGGCCGAGCCGCAGGCCGCAGCUCCAUCCCCUCCCCAGCAGGCCGCCGCUGCUGCGGGAGGCUCCUCCCGCGCUGGGUCGGUGCGCAUGGCCGCGGUGGCCGUACUACCGGACCUGUGCGUCUUCGACCUGGACGCCUGCCUGUGGGACAAGGAGAUGUUUGAGAUGGCGCAGGUGCCGGAGCCGGGACGCGACGAGGUCCGAGGCGACCUCAACGGGCGAGGCGAGGGCGUCGUUGGCGUGCUGAGCGGCGGCGACCGGAUCAGCCUGCACCGGGGCGCGCUCAUCGCGCUGCAGGAGCACGCCGACGGCAACUUCCCCGGCAUGCGGGUCGCUCUCGCGUCGUCCGCGAAUACGCGCUUUGCGGAGCGGGUGGGGCGCGCCGCGCUUGGCAUGCUCGAGGUGCUGCCGGGGGUGAGCGUGUGGAGCCUGCUCAUGCGCGACUGGGACGGGCGCGACGUCAACAUGAUUGGGAGGCAGGCCCCGCUGUCGCCGCAAAAGUGGGCGACCCACUUCCCGCUGCUGCGCGAGGCGACGGGCGUGCGGUUCGACCGGAUGCUCUUCUUCGACGACUGCAACUGGGGCGACCACGUGGGGCAGGUGACAGGGCGCUGCAAGGAGGCCGACACGCAGCAGGGCGUGAUCGGAGUGCGCACGCCCCAAGGGCUCGGCGAGAGCGAGUUCCGAGAGGGCUUGCGCUUAUUUGCGGCGAGGCGUGCCCCCCAGCCGGAUGGCGGAGCGGCCACGGCGGACAGGCACGGAGAGGCAGCGACUGAGAGAGAGAGCUUUUUGUGA